UCACUAGAACCAAUGUGACUUAAACCAACUCACUCCUUUUUUAUAUUAACUGAUAUUGAGUUCCAUGGUUUAUGACACUUCAACAAGAAGAAGAAAAAUAGGAGUGUGGAUAAGAACCAUUCAAACACAAGUCAAUCAAGACCUUCAGAUCUCAAAACAAUUGAGAAAAAUAGAAGGAUUCAGAUGGAAGAUCUUUACUCAGAACUGAACUCUCUUCUUCCUCAAUCUUCUAGGGAACCUCUACCACUACCUGAUCAGCUAGAUGAAGCUGCAAGCUACAUCAAGGAGCUACAAGUGAGCGUGGAGAAAAAGAGAGAAAGGAAGAGGAAGCUUGUUACGACUGCAGCUUUGGACAAAUUGAAUUCCACAGGAUGUUCAUCCAUGUCCUCGAGUAUUGAUGUCUCCGUGCCUAGGCGGUUGCCAAGGAUCGAGAUUCAAGAAACCGGUUCCAUUCUUCACAUCUCUCUUGUGACAAACUUGGAACACAAGUUUAUGUUCCAUGAGAUCGUUCGUGUUCUCACUGAGGAAUUAGGAGCUGAGAUCACUCAUGCUGGAUACUCAAUUGUUAAUGAUGCCGUCUUCCACACUUUUGAUUGCAGGGUGGAAGAUUGUGAUUUUGGAGCUACGACUACGAGUAGAAUUUCUGAGAGUCUCAAGAAACUUGUGAACAGUGUCAACUAAUAGUCUUUCUUAUUGUUCCUUUUUACAUCUUUUUUCAUUGUAAACUUAUGGGUACACUUUUUACAGCUUUUUUCAUUCUAAUUUAUUGUUCCUUUUGUUGAAUUUCAUCUUGUACUUUAUUUUCUUCUUAUAUGAUAUCCGUUACCUUUUAUUU